CACAAAAGGACCCGUCACCCCAGACUCACAAAAGGAACGUCACCCCCAGACUCUGCAGACGCCGGUCCCCAUGGAUCUACUCGCUGAAUCCUCCUGCAAGAAUCUGGAGACAAUGAUGCUGUGCCUAUAGUCCUGUUCUGUCAGACGUGGCUGUGAAGGCAUCAGAUGCAUUACAGAAUGAAUGAGUUGAACCUCAGCACCGUGGGGAUGGAGCAGCUGACUCCUUCCUCUGUGACCAAUUCUCUCCCGCUCUCGGGGAGUCAUCUUGGACUUUCUGCCUCCCCCCCGCACAAUACUCUUCCAGCGCCGGGCCUACCAGUGGCAAUCCCUAACCUGGGUCCAUCCUUAAGCUCCCUCCCUUCUGCGCUCUCAGUGAUGCUUCCCAUGGGUAUAGGAGACCGAGGUGUGAUGUGUGGUCUCCCAGAGAGAAACUAUCCCCUUCCUCCUCCACCUUACCCUCACCUGGACAGCAGCUACUUCAGGCAUAUACUGCCAGGAAUCCUCUCGUAUCUAGCUGACCGCCCCCCACCGCAGUACAUACAUCCCUGCUCGCUCAAUGUAGACGGCAGCUCCACCGCCCCUCAGCCUCUGGACCCUUUUCAGCCUGGGGGAUCUGUGGGCUUAGAGACUGGAAUUGUAUCCCUAGACUCUCGCUCAGUUGGUGGGCACACAGCACAGAGCCUGCACCCCAGCGAUGGCCAUGAGCUAGACACUGGGAUUACUAUGGGUAGUGUCUCCAGAGUUAACAGCCCCAUCCCAUCGGACAGCAUUACAGAAGAGCUAAGCAUGGAAGGAGUCCCAACAGAACAUGGGCAGAUCUCGAACGUUGCUCGAUCUCAUGAGCCCCUCACAGUGGAUGGCAGUUUGCCCCCUGAUGCCGUGGGCCAUGCUGUUGUGUUACCGCUGCACAGCGGAUCCUUAGAGCUCCCAGUAGUAAUGGAGUCGGAACAUCACAUGGCAACUGGUUCAAGCAUGUCAGAAAGCAGCCUAAGUGAUACUAUCCAUACUGUGGCCAUGAACAGUAACCCCCAGCUUUCAUCUUUAACUUCCGUGUCUCUGCAUGGGGCCAGCAUCACCCUUGAGCCAGUCACCCCAGAGGUCUCCAUGGGAGGGGGUCACGUUGAUACCGGGAGCCUGACUUUUGUCCCUUCCACCCUACACAUCGACUCCAAUUCCAACAAAGAAAACAUGGCAACUCUGUUUACAAUUUGGUGUACGCUGUGUGACAGGGCUUACCCUUCUGAUUGUCCUGAACACGGUCCGGUCACAUUUAUACCCGACAGUCCCAUUGAGAGUCGGGCGAGAUUGUCUCUCCCUAAGGAGCUGGUGCUGAGACAGUCUGUAACAGGAGCCGAAAUGGGUGUAUGGGCACAGGAAAGCAUCCCAGUCAGGACCUGCUUUGGGCCCUUAAUAGGACAGGAGAGUCAGUCUCUGGAGGUUGCUGAUUGGACAGACAAGUCAGCCAGUCAUAUCUGGAAGAUGUACCACAACGGAGUGAUGGAGUUCUGCAUCAUCACGACUGACGAGAAUGAAUGUAAUUGGAUGAUGUUUGUGCGCAAGGCCAGGAAUCCCGAGGAACAGAAUCUUGUGGCCUACCCUCACGAUGGGAAGAUCUACUUCUGCACCUCGAAUGAGGUCUCACCAGAACAGGAGCUGCUCUUUUAUUACAGUCGGGACUACGCCAGGCAGAUGGGCCUCCCUGAACAGCCGGAGUUUUUCGUGUGCCACUGUGGGAAGGAGUGCCAUUCGUAUGCAGAUUUCAAGAGCCACCUAAAUAGCCACCUAACUGCCGAGUCUCUGAGCAGCGGAGCCAACGGGCUGAUGCCCACCAACCGCAAGUGGAAAUGCUCAAUGUGCUCUCGCUCCUUCACCUCCUCCUCCAAACUCAACGUUCAUUUCAUGGGUCACAUGGGCAUGAAACCCCAUAAGUGCGAGUUCUGCAACAAGGCAUUCAGCGACCCCAGCAACCUUCGCACCCACCUCCGGAUACACACGGGUCAGAAGAAUCAUCGCUGCGGCCUGUGCAACAAGUCAUUCACCCAGAAAGCUCACGUGGCCUCCCACAUGGCCAUACACACGGGCGAGAAGACCCUGAAAUGCGACUUCUGCGAGAAGAUGUUCAUGCGAAGGCACGACCUAAAGCAGCACAGGCUCACCCACACCCGGGAACGGCAUAUCAAAUGCCCCAAGUGUGAAAAAUGCUUCUCCCGCACAGGUCACCUUAAGAAGCACAUCGAUUCGCACGAAGGGAGGCGGGACUAUGUGUGCGAGAAAUGCUCCAAGGCUUUCCUCACCAGGUACCACCUCACCAGGCACCUGAAGAUCUGCAAGGGUCCAAGCACCGCCCCCCUUACGCCCGAUACUGAUGAGGAAGAGGAUUUGGAGGAUGAAGAGUUACUGAGCUCGGACUGUGCAGCGUUUGAUACGGACGGGCAACUGACUGUGCACACGUGACUGCGGGAGCUGCCCUGUGUAUUUAUUUUAUUUAUUUCUGCCUCUAAAAGGCAAAUCAGGACUUGUUAUCCCCAUUCGUUACCAAUCAUUGGCUGAGAAGAAAGGAAAGGCGGAGCUUUCUUUAGGAAGGAAAGGGGGCGGAGCUUUCUUUAGGAUUGAAAGGGCGGAGCAUUCUUUAGGAAGGAAGGAAAGGGCGGAGCAUUCUUUAGGAAGGAAAGGGCAGAGCAUUCUUUAGGAAGGAAGGAAAGGGCGGAGCAUUCUUUAGGAAGGAAAGGGCAGAGCAUUCUUUAGGAAGGAAGGAAAGGGCGGAGCAUUCUUUAGGAAGGAAAGGGCGGAGCAUUCUUUAGGAAGGAAGGAAAGGGCGGAGCAUUCUUUAGGAAGGAAAGGGCAGAGCAUUCUUUAGGAAGGAAAGGGCGGAGGAUUCUUUAGGAAGGAAAGGGCAGAGCUUUCUUUAGGAAGGAAAGGGUGGAGCUUUCUUUAGGAAGGAAAGGGUGGAGCUUUCUUUAGGAAGGAAAGGGUGGAGCUUUCUUUAGGAAGGAAAGGGCGGAGCAUUCUUUAGGAAGGAAAGGGCGGAGCAUUCUUUAGGAAGGAAAGGGCGGAGGAUUCUUUAGGAAGGAAAGGGCAGAGCUUUCUUUAGGAAGGAAAGAGUGGAGCUUUCUUUAGGAAGGAAAGCCCCAUUAUUAAAAUAUAAAAUGGAUGAUCUAUGCCUAAAGAAUAAAUCAAGCCUGAGACUUUUG